AAAAAUUUGAAUUCAAGGGGACUGUAACAUUAGUUGUGUGAUAUGUGACAUUCCCCUUGUUUUGAUCUGAAUUUUCGUCGAAUUUUUCAAAUUGAAAAGAAAGCUUAAUUAAAUGGCAGAGAAAGCAGUCAUUCUACAGAACUAUAACCAAGAACUAGUCAAGUACAUCGAAGUGCUUAAGAGAAGGAAGCAAAAGAUCCAGGUAGAGAUAUCGCAAGACGAGAGAAAUAAGGAAAUUAUAUCGGCACAAAUUCGUGCACUUCAGGAAAAGCAGGAAGAGAUCGAUGACCAAAUGACAAAGAAGAAGAUAGCAUAUGCCAAGAUCGUUGAUACGCUAGAGCAAUCUGAUCUUGGACUCUCGAAAAUCAUCGAUUCCUUGCAAGUCUUGCUUGGUUUUACAGCAUCAAAGACUGACACAGAAUUGAGUGAUUGAUAAAAGUAAAUAUGAUGUUAAUUAUAUUAAAUUUGUAACAAUCUAGCAUUAAAUAUGCUUAAUAUAGCCAAUAAACUUCAAAUUUGAU